AUGGCAGCACAACUCCGCGGGGUGGGCGCGGGCGUGAGUGCGGAAGAGGGCAAAGGGAUCGGGCAGGCUCUCAAGCUGAACCAAGGCAGUCCUGGCUCUAGAGCUGCGGGAGAUGGUCGGGACAAGGAGGGAGAGGCGAAGAAGAGAACGGAGGAGAAGCUGGUGCUGAGGAAUCGUGCCGGGGAGAGCAGGAGCCCGUAUGUGCGGGCACAUAGAGGUAACCCGGUGGCGUGGCAGCUUUGGGGGAGUGAGGCGGUGGAAAUGGCUCGGCGGGAGAAUCGGCUGAUAUUUGUCAGUAUAGGGUAUGCUGCUUGUCACUGGUGUCAUGUAAUGGAGCGCGAAUCCUUCGAGAACGAAGAAAUCGCUACCCUCCUCAACACCCACUUCAUCCCCGUCAAGAUCGACCGCGAGGUGCGUCCCGACAUCGACCGCAUCUACAUGAACUUCGUCCAAGCAACGACCGGGUCCGGCGGCUGGCCUCUCAACGUCUUCCUCACCCCCGACCUGGAACCCGUCUUCGGCGGAACCUACUGGCCGGGACAUUCCUCUGGCACAGCUUUUGAGGACCAAGUCGACUUUCUGGGUAUCUUGCAGAAGCUGAGUUCGGUGUGGAGGGAGCAGGAAGAAAGGUGCCGCCGCGACUCGAAGCAGAUCUUGGAGCAGCUGAAGAGCUUCGCUGCGGAUGGCACUUUUGGAAGCCGCCUGGGGGACGGGGAAGGCGGUGAUGGCUUGGAUAUCGAGUUGCUGGAGGAGGCUGUGCAGCACUUCUCUUCGACUUACGAUAGUACGAAUGGUGGGUUUGGGCUCGCGCCGAAGUUCCCGACGCCGUCAAAGCUGUCGUUUCUCUUGAGGUUGGGACAGUACCCGUCCAUUGUCGUGGAUGUGGUGGGCGCGCCGGAAUGUCGGAAUGCGCAGAGCAUGGCCGUCACGACGCUGCGGAAGAUGGCGAGGGGGGGCGUGCAUGACCAAGUGGGAAAUGGAUUUGCGCGUUACUCGGUCACGGCGGACUGGUCGCUACCGCAUUUCGAAAAGAUGUUGUAUGAUAAUGCUCAGCUGCUCCACGUCUAUCUGGAUGCCUUCCUGCUCUCGAGAGAUGCGGAGUUGCUGGGCGUUGUGUAUGACAUUUCGACGUAUCUGACGACCGACUUGGCGCACGCGGAGGGCGGUUUCUAUUCCAGCCAGGAUGCGGAUAGUCUGUACCGGAGGGGCGACUCGGAGAAGCGGGAGGGGGCUUUCUACGUCUGGACGAAGCGGGAGUUUGAGAACGUGCUUGGGGAGAACGAGCCUAUUCUAUCGGCCUUCUUCAACGUUACGGGACAUGGAAAUGUCGGGCCGGAGAACGAUGGUCACGACGAGUUUCUCGAUCAGAACGUCCUCGCGAUUGUUAGCACGCCUAGUGCGUUGGCUAGUCAGUUUGGCAUGAAGGAGGAGGAGGUGGUGCGGAUUAUCAAAGCGGGCAAGGCUGCGCUGCGAGCACACCGAGAGAAAGAGCGGGUUCGACCAGGCUUAGAUGAUAAGAUCGUGACCAGCUGGAAUGGCCUUGCUGUUGGGGCCCUAGCUAGGACUGGUGGGGUCUUCAAAGGUUUUGACCCUGCGAAGUCGGAAGAGCUUCUCGGUUUUGCUAUCAAGGCCGCGACAUUUAUCAAGCAGAACCUCUACGACUCAUCCUCCAAAAUCCUCUACCGGAUCUGGCGAGAAGGACGGGGUGAUACGGAGGGGUUUGCAGACGAUUACGCUUUCUUGGUCGAGGGCUUGAUCGACCUCUAUGAAGCUACUUUUGAUGAGGAGUGGCUCAAAUGGGCUGAUGAGCUGCAGCAAACCCAAAUCUCCCUCUUCUUCGACGUCAACAUUGGCGGUUUCUUCUCCACGUCGUCCACCGCACCACACCUCAUCCUCCGCCUCAAAGACGGCAUGGACACGUCCGAGCCAUCCACCAACGGCACCUCUGCAUCCAACCUCUACCGUCUCUCCUCUCUGCUCAACGACCUCACCUACGCGGAGAAAGCCAAGCAGACGCUCGCGUGUUUCGAAAGCGAGAUGUUGCAAUACCCCUGGCUGUUUGCCAGUUUCAUGCCCAGCGUCGUCGCCUCCCAGCUCGGUGUCCGCGGCGUCGUGGUCGCCGGCGGUGGUGGUGGUGGUGGUGGCGACACGAGUGCUGGCUUGGGGAGAGUCAAGGAGUUCGAGAAGGCGCCGCGGGGCGGGCUGAGCACUUUUGCGUGGUUGAAGGGGGGUCCAGAGGGGUGGCUGAGGGGCCGGAAUGGCUUGCUGGCUGGUUUUGGUCGCGAUGGCGAGACGCGCGUCAUGGUCUGUGAGGGGGGUGUCUGUACCGAGGGGGAGGUGCUGGCCAUGGGGGAGGUGGGCAGUGCUGAUGACGUCCAGGAUAAGACCGCGGAGGGGUUAAGCGUCGAAGAGCUGAAAUCAGCACUCCCUGGUGAGCCUCAGACGGGGCAGAGGUGUGAGUGA